AUGACAUCGGCCCGCUUCCUUUUCCUUUGUGCUCUACUGUCUUUCUCGCACGGCCUGCUCCAGCAGAAACCCCUCUUUGCGAAGUCGCUCUCUCGAAGUGGUGAUCGCGUGGUUCUAGGCCGAAAAACAGCCUCUUCGGCGACAGCUGCAAGCGCACCAGUAGACACGGAAGAGUGGACAAAGAAACGGUUGCACAACACGGCGGCUUUUCGCUCUCUGGCUAUACUAGGAGCGGUGGCCGUGGCUGGAACGAAAUCUUCGGCACAAUUCUUGCCAGCGCAAGCUACAGCUAGCAUUCAUGUCCUCUCUUUUGCUACCUGGUUCGGUACAGUAGCAUACACGACAUUUGUUUUAGGAAUUACCAUGUUCAAGAACUUGCCUAGGCAAACAUUCGGAAAACUACAAGCCAAACUCUUUCCAACGUACUUUGCCCUGUCCUCGGUCGCCCUUGUUCUGCAGCUUGCGACGGCCAAAGCAAUGCCGGUGUUUGCCUCAAAGUCCAUGACAGCCCUCGGGGUUGCCUUGGCGAUGACAGCCUUAAACCAGUUUUACCUCGAGCCCGUUUCGACUAUAAACAUGAUGGAACGUUAUAGUUUGGAAAGUCGUGGCGAAAAAGAGAGCAAUGAGUACAAAAGACUGAAAGCCCAAUUUGGCAAGUUUCACGGCAUGUCCUCGCUUACGAACCUGGUAGCUCUAUGUGGUGGCGUUGCCCAUGCAAUCUACAUGGCUGCGGCUCUAAUUUGA